CUUUCGGCCUCCCUCCUUCUCCCUCUCUCUCUCUCCCGCCCGCAAGCUGGACUACCUUAAACCCAACCCAAUGCCUCUUCCUGCGCCACUUUCCCCUGCGAGCUUGGAUGGAAGAGACACAGCCGAGGGGGAGAAGAAAGGGAGCGGGCGAGAGAGCGAGCUGGGCAGGCGAGCGAGCGAGCGGGCGCUCCAGCAGCAGCAAAGGCAGAGGCAGCUCGGGGAGCGGAGAGCUUGCCUACACCUGUUCCGCCGCACCGAAGGCUUUGCCGGCUGCCUCGCUUGCUUGCCUUCCUUCGCGUGGAGGAGCAGCAGGAGGAGGAGGAUCCUUGCCACCCUCCUGCCUCCUUAGAGGAUUCUGCAUCAUAGCGGUGGACGUCAAAAGUUUAUUUUUUAAUUAAGCAGUAAAGAAACAAGCCUUUCUGGGAAGGGAAAAGGCCAGUGUGCGGAGCCCUCCCGCCUCCUCCUCCUCCUCCUGGCGGGGUUCAUUCUGGGGGAUCUCGGGCGUCCUUCUGCCUUCUCGGGCGUCCCCGGUGCCUCGGAGGCGCCGAAGUUGCGAUGCCGGCUCUGCUCCGGAGCCCCAUGGAGCAAGUCCGGAGCCUGCUCCUCCUCAUGACGGCCGGAUGGGCGGAAGAGCUGAGCGCUUGCUAGAAGGGCCAGCCCGCGGGAGCCGGAUCUCUCUCUCGGUCUCCAUCUCUCUCUCCGCUCGGGCUUGGAGGGGAGGAUGAGCCUGUGCGCGGCCCCCGCGGCGGCAGAGGAGGGGGCUUCCUAAGAAGGCGCCGCUUUGACCUUGAGCCCCAGACCCGUCGCUUCGGAGGCUCCGGAGGAGAGGACACCGCCUUUGCCUGCCUCUCUCUCUCGCCUUGAGCCUUAUUGAUGGAUUAAAGGAAGAACCUUUGGGCUUGGAAGUGGGAGGGGAGAGAGAGUGGCGGCGCAACCUGCUCCUUCCUCCUCCUUCUCCUCCUCCUCCUCCUCCUCCUCCUCCUUUCCUUGCUUUCCAGGCAACGGGGAGAACCCUCGAGUCCUGGGUACAAACGUGACGGUUUUGCUGCAAGCGAGGGACCUCCCCCCUCCCUCCCUCCUUCCUCCCCUCUUCCUUCCUUCCUCCCUCCCCCUCCUCCUCCUCCUUCCUUCCUCCCGAUGGCUCCCUUAGGAGAAGUUGGCAACUAUUUCGGGGUCCCGGAUGCGGCGGCGGCGGGGGCGCCCUUCGGGAACGUGCCGGUCCUGCCGGCGGACAGCCCGGUCCUGCUCAGCGACCACUUGGGCCAGGCCGAGGGGCUGCCGCGGGGCCCGGCCGUCACGGACCUGGACCACUUAAAGGGCAUCCUGAGGCGCAGGCAGCUCUACUGCAGGACUGGCUUUCACUUGGAGAUUUUCCCCAACGGCACCAUCCAAGGCACCAGGCAAGACCACAGCCGAUUCGGUAUCCUGGAAUUUAUCAGUAUAGCAGUGGGCCUGGUCAGCAUUCGAGGGGUAGACAGUGGACUUUAUCUUGGAAUGAAUGAGAAAGGGGAACUUUAUGGCUCGGAAAAAUUAACCCAGGAGUGUGUGUUCAGAGAACAGUUUGAAGAGAACUGGUAUAACACAUAUUCAUCGAACCUAUAUAAGCACGUGGACACUGGAAGACGAUAUUACGUUGCAUUAAACAAAGAUGGGACUCCAAGAGAAGGGACUAGGACUAAGCGGCAUCACAAAUUCACGCAUUUUUUACCUAGACCAGUGGACCCAGAGAAAGUCCCUGAACUAUAUAAGGAUAUUUUAAGCCAAAGUUGACAAAGACAUUUCCUUCCCUUGAGCCCUUAAAAAAAGUAACCACUAUAAAGGUUUCAUGCGGUGGGUUCUUAAUUGAUUAGCUGUGUCAUCACAUCAGCUCCACUGUUGCCAAACUUUGUCGCAUGCAUAAUAUAUGAUGGAGGCUUGGAUGGAACAUGCUGAUUUUGUUCUGCACUUAAAGGGUUUGUCUUCCUGGAGGAGAGCCUUCGCCCAUCGCUUGAUUUAUUAAGAGAGGAAGGAAGGAAGCGUGAGAAUGUGUGAGAGUGAAAGAGAAAGAGGAUGAACGAAGCAAGCGGGAGCGAGAAGGAAGGGGGGAAAAGGCCUGAUGCAUGCUGGGAAACAGACACGCUUUUAAAUUUUUUGAUCUGUUGUACUUCAUUCUAUAUCAGCAUAGCUGCCAUACUUUGACUCAUCAGGAAUUUUGGCUGGUGGCCUGCGCAAGUGUACGCUGCAUAUUAAAAAAAGGCAUGGAAGGUUCCGUCUUACUUAAACAAAAGGAUACAAAAGCAAAAGAGACUUAUUUUCCGUUUGAUUGCUCAAGUGGGAGUCACCCCUUGUUGAGUUUCGAGCAAACACCUCUUAGGUAAAACAGGAGAAGAUGGGGGAAAAAAUAAAAAUAAAUAAAAAAGCUAAAAUUUAUUUAUAGAAAUUCCAAAGGCAACAUUUUAUUUAUUUUAUAUAUUUAUUUAUUAUAUAGAGUUUAUUUUUAAUGAAAUAUGUACAGGCCAGAUAGGCAGUUUGGAAGCUUUAGGCUCUGUAAAGCAUUUCGACAGCGAAAGCCGCUAUGAACCUGUGAUAAAAAUUCAUGCAAGUCAAACGUCAAGGUGCAUGGAGGCAAAGAAAUCUAGGGAUCCUAAUGUACUAAAGGUGACAAUCUCUUUUGUGCCCAUAUUAUUGUAAAAGUAUGCACACCACUCAUGUCACUGGGUGCUCACUCUUCUGACUGCUUGUUUCAUAGCUUAAACUUCCCCUCUUCUUCCCCUUCCUUCCUUGAGGAUUAAAGAUAAAAUUGGGUCUUCAAAACUUUAA